UAUCCCUUAGAAAGGUACUUACAUACAUUAUGUUUAUAUUUCAUUUUUAUUAAUUUCUUUCUCAAUGUUUGCACAAUUAUAAUUUUUCAUUUGAUUAUAGGUCAUUUGUAAUUUUAAAAUCAAUGGUACGUAAUAAAGCCCAACCUGAGGGAUCGAUUGCUGAAGGAUAUGUAGCUGAAGAGAGUUUAACAUUUUGUUCAAGGUAUCUUCAAGGGGUUGAGUCUAGAUUCAAUCGUCCCUUAAGAAACCCCGAUCCACCAAAUGAAAAUGUUAGAUACUUGUUUUCUAGUUUAGGUAAACCAAUAGGAAAAGGUGAGAAUGUCAUUUUAGAUGAUUUAUCAUUGAUACAAGCACAUCGUUAUGUGUUACGCCAUUCUGAUGCAAUAGAGCCAUUUCGUCAAGAGUUCAUUGAUUUUGAAAAAAGAAGACGUAGACGAGGUACACGUCUUGACAAUAGUGCUAUAUAUAAACUACUGAAUGAAAAGUUUCAUGAUUGGUUUCGAAAUAGGGUUUUGGCAAAUUCUGAUUCAUCCAUCGCAGAGGAUAUUUUGAGCAUUGGUAGAGGUCCUAAUAAUGUUGUCAGGAGAUUCUCUGGCUAUAUAAUUAAUGGAAUUAGAUUCCAUACUUUAUCACGAGAGGAUCAACGAUUGACACAAAAUAGUGGGGUUGUUAACACACCAGAAACUGGAGGGUUGGAAUAUUUUGGGAGAUUAACUGAUAUUAUUGAGUUAAAUUAUUUUGAUAAUUUUAAGGUGGUUUUAUUUAGGUGUGAUUGGUAUGAUAUUCAUCAUCCUGCUGGAAUUAAGUGUGAUGAAUUUGGAUUCACCCUUGUAAAUUUCUCUCGCUUGAUCCAUACUGGCGAGAAGGCAAAUGAUGAUCCUUAUGUAUUCUCUUCCCAAGUUCAACAAGUAUUUUAUGUGCAGGAUCCUAAUAGUCCUAAUUGGCAUAUAUUUAUAAAGGUUACACCUCGAGACUUGUAUGACAUGGGCAAAGAUGAAGAAGUAGAUGAUUCUACUGAUAUUAUAAAUGACAUUAGUCAUUUUACAAGUUUUGAGGGAAACCCACAGUGGGUCAGGGAUGAUGUAGGGGAAGAAGAUAUUAUUUAUGUGUAA